UGAGGGGCACCGUGGCCAAUGGGCAGGUCGCGUGCUGCGCCUCCGGCCAAUGGCGCCGCGCUUCAGUACCGAGUUCCGUUGCCAAGGGUAGCGGUGAGGCCCGGGUUAGGCGCGGUGGCCGGGGCCCCAUAGUAACGGCGGGGUUCGAGAUGGAGAGCGCGAGGGGCCGAGGUGGCCGCGCCAGCGACGGCAUCUUUGAGGAUGAAACUAUGAAACUACGACAGAUGAAACUAGAGAAUCAGAGAGCUCUUUUAGAGAAGAAGCAGAGGAAGAAGCGUCUUGAUCCUUUGAUGGUACAGCCAAAUCCCGAGGCAAAGCUGCAUAGGUCAAAGCCCAAAGGCUAUGAGGAGCAGGCUCCUUUAGUAAAAACUCCUACCCCUUUCCACAGUGAUGUUAUUUUACAUGGUAUUGAUGGACCAGCUGCUUUCCUGAAAUCAGAAGUGCAAGAGCUGGAGACCAAGCUCCAAACCCUCUCUGCUGGAUCUUCCAAAACAGAAGACAGUGCAGAUCAGGACAAUGAUGGAGAGGCUCUAACAGACACAGCAGGCAAGCCAGAUCUGCAAGAAAUCUUACAGAAACGAGGAAUUUCAGACAGUUUGAAUUUUGAUGAAGAGGAUGGAGAAGAGGAAGAAGCUAGUAAGAGACCAGCUUCUCAUUCACCAUAUCCUGAAACUGAGAGGCCUAGCUCUGCAACCAGCAUGAAAUCUUUCGCAGAAACAGGUGCUUCCUGUAGUCCAUCCCCUCCAGCAGAUGCCCAGCUGGGAGAAGUAGAGAACUUGGAGGAUUUUGCAUUACACCCAGCACCCCGUGGUAUUACAGUCAAGUGUCGAAUCACUAGAGAUAAGAAGGGAAUGGACCGGGGCCUCUUCCCUACUUAUUACAUGCAUCUGGAAAGAGAUGACAACAGAAAGACAUUCCUUCUUGCAGGGCGAAAAAGAAAAAAGAGCAAAACAUCCAAUUAUCUCAUAUCAGUUGACCCAACUGAUUUAUCCCGGGAAGGAGAAAGCUUCAUUGGAAAACUCAGAUCAAACCUCAUGGGAACAAAAUUUACGGUCUAUGAUCAUGGAGUUAGCCCCCUCAAGGCACAAGGUCUAGUGGAAAAGGCUCAUACAAGACAGGAGCUUGCAGCUAUUUGUUAUGAAACCAAUGUGUUAGGAUUCAAGGGUCCCAGAAAAAUGUCUGUGAUCAUUCCAGGAAUGAAUAUGAAUCAUAAGCGAAUUCCAAUACGUCCACGAAAUGAACAUGAGAGUCUGCUGUCAAAAUGGCAUAACAAGAAUUUAGAGAAUCUCAUUGAGUUGCACAACAAGGCUCCAGUCUGGAAUGAUGAUACUCAAUCCUAUGUUUUGAACUUCCAUGGGAGAGUCACUCAGGCCUCGGUGAAGAACUUCCAGAUUGUGCAUGACAAUGACCCUGACUACAUUGUGAUGCAGUUUGGCCGUGUAGCAGAAGAUGUGUUCACUCUGGACUAUAAUUAUCCUCUCUGUGCUCUUCAGGCCUUUGCUAUUGGACUCUCCAGUUUUGAUAGUAAAUUGGCCUGUGAAUGAGAGACAACAGACUUGAAGCUCACUCCCAUCCCUGCAUCUUCCUGUAAGUGUUCCAGAUGGAGUAAUGAAAAGCACAUUGGGGAUGGAAGGGAACUGGAGGAGAGACUUCUGCAGGCUUAUUAGAAAGCAAAUACCAGGACUUGGAGAAUUACAGUAGUUGACAUCUUAGGAGACUGUCCCAAGACUGGGCAGUCUCUGUAUGCAUUGUGGAAGAAUAAGAAAUAUAGGUGAUGCUUUUGAAUCCUUGUAACACGCUGCAUGUGAGUGGACUAAGGAAUUUAGCCCAGUAACUGGAACCCCUUGCAGCUAGGAUUAGAAAAAUGAUGGUUUAAUGUUCAUAUACCUUUGACUUCCACAGUGCCUCUGGAGAUGAUGCUACAGACCUGAUCAGGAAUUAGAGUUUCUGCUCAGCUGAAUUCACAAAAAAGGAGAACAGUUACUGGCAUGUGUAUCAUUUUGUUGUCUGUUACAAUAGUCAGAUAUGGAAGGACUCGGGUUGUGGCUUUGUGCAACUGUAGGUAAUGUUCAACAAAUACAGAGCUGGAAUGAGGCAUCGGCUCUAAUAAAACACUUCCCUCUUACUUGGUGGGAUGAUUCUCUGUUAAGGUUGAUAGUCCAGUUCACUUUCAUUAUUCUAAUUGCUCCAUAUCCCUUGAUAGUCUUUUUACCAAAUAAAGAACAAUCAAAUCUGAAA